AGGAAGAAGCAGGCGGCGCCUGGCGAGGGGAAGGCCUCGUGCCGCCUAGGCCUCGCUCCGUCUCUCUAUUGGGCGCCGCGGGGGGAGUGGCCGUGAGGUUGGUCCCAGGCCCGGGAAGUUGUUCCUCCGCCGCCCGCCCUUCCUCCCCCGGCCGCCGCGAUGUUACCGGGCCUGAAAUGCCGCGUCUGCACGCUCUUUCGCUGCCCGCGCGCGGCCGCGGCUGCCCUCCGCCGCGCUUACCAUGGGGACAAGGUGGCCACGGUGGGCUCUCAGCCCGACGUUGCCUCCCCGGUUUAUCAGGAAAACUAUGAACGGAUGAAGGCAUUAGUAACAGAACUCCAACAGCAAUCUGAAAAAAUCAGGUUUGGUGGUGGAGAGAAGGCACGGAAGCUUCACACAUCAAGAGGAAAAUUGUUACCUAGAGAAAGAAUUGACAGACUCAUAGAUCCUGGGUCUCCAUUCCUGGAGUUCUCCCAGUUUGCAGGUUACCAGCUAUAUGGCGAUGAAGAGGUACCAGCAGGUGGCAUCAUUACAGGCAUUGGACGGGUGUCAGGAGUGGAGUGUUUGAUUAUUGCAAAUGAUGCAACUGUCAAAGGUGGAACAUACUAUCCAAUCACUGUAAAGAAGCACCUGCGUGCUCAAGAAAUCGCAAUGCAGAAUAAUCUCCCUUGUCUAUAUUUAGUUGACUCUGGAGGUGCAAACUUACCACGCCAGGCAGAAGUGUUUCCCGAUCGUGAUCAUUUUGGUAGAAUUUUCUAUAACCAAGCACGCAUGUCUUCACAAAGAAUUCCACAGAUAGCCGUGGUUAUGGGUUCAUGUACAGCAGGAGGAGCCUAUGUCCCUGCAAUGGCUGAUGAAAGUAUAAUAGUUGGCAAGCAAGGGACGAUUUUUUUGGGAGGUCCUCCAUUGGUUAAAGCAGCAACAGGGGAGGAGGUAUCAGCAGAAGAUCUUGGUGGUGCUGAUCUUCACUGCAGAAAAUCUGGUGUAACUGAUCACUAUGCCUUGGAUGAUAACCAUGCACUCCAUUUAGCGAGGAAAGUGGUGAGAAGUUUGAAUUACCAGAAGAAAGUAGACGUGACAAUAGAACCAUCGGAAGAACCUUUGUUUCCUGCUGAUGAACUUUAUGGGAUAGUUGGAGAGCAGCUUAAAAGAAAUUUUGAUGUUAGAGAGGUCAUUGCUAGACUUGUAGAUGGAAGUAAAUUCGAUGAAUUUAAAGCCUUAUACGGGAUACCUUAAUCACAGGUAUUAUUUUUAGGAUUUGCUCGGAUAUUUGGUUAUCCGGUAGGAAUAAUUGGAAACAAUGGUGUCCUUUUUUCAGAAUCUGCAAAGAAGGGCACCCAUUUUAUUCAGCUUUGUUGUCAGAGAAACAUUCCCAUUGUAUUUCUGCAAAACAUCACAGGUUUCAUGGUUGGUAAGGAUUAUGAAGCUGGUGGAAUAGCAAAAGAUGGAGCCAAGAUGGUAACUGCUGUAGCAUGUGCCAAUGUGCCUAAAAUAACAGUACUAAUUGGAGGUUCCUAUGGAGCUGGAAAUUAUGGGAUGUGUGGAAGAGCAUAUAGUCCCAGAUUCCUUUUUAUGUGGCCAAAUGCUCGGAUCUCAGUUAUGGGAGGAGAGCAAGCUGCAAUGGUUUUGGCUACAAUAGCCAAGGACCGAAAAGCAAGGGAAGGGAAGCAGCUAACUGAAGAGGAGGAAAAAACUCUCAAAGAGCCAAUCAUCCGGAGGUUUGAAGAGGAAGGCAGUCCUUACUACUCUAGUGCACGUCUGUGGGAUGAUGGAAUUAUUGACCCGGCUGAUACAAGACUGGUUUUGGGUCUCAGCCUGAGUGCUGCACUCAAUGCGCCCACCCAGAAGACAGAGUUUGGAGUUUUCCGAAUGUGAUUUGGACGGUCUGGCAGUGGCACCUCUGGAUUAUUAAUAUGAUUUUAAUUAACAAAUCGAAACAUAAAAUGGACUAAAAGAAUCAGUAUAUCAAAUAAAGAUUUGUUCAAUACUGUA